GAGAUAGUCACGUGAUCCACUACACGUGUGUGGUUCUGUGACAGCAACAUGACAAUUGAUCUUCGUAAUUUUCUUGCAAAAUCGAUGAUGCAAAAUAAAGUGAAAUUAAUAUGCCUCUUUGUACAAGUCUAUUGAUGAAAUGCCUAAGUAAAAAUAAAUCUUACAAUAAAUUCUAUUGAUAAUGCAAUAAGAAAAAUGUGUAAAAUGAGUUUAGACAAUUGUAAUGAUGACAAUGACGAUGAAAGACCCAAAACACCACUGGAGGAAGAUUGUUGCGGCAGUGGCUGCACGCCGUGCAUCUUUGACGUUCACAAAACGCUGCUAAGAGAAUGGGAAGGUAGAAAGACACAGGCGAAAGUUAAAAUAGCCGAUAAUUUAUUAUCUCUUUUAUCUUAUAAACCAUUUGUCAUCACAAAUAUAUCCGAUACAUCGGACGAUUACAUUUCAGUUUGUUUGGAAUAUUCAGAAUGCAAAACAGAAAACAAUGUUAGUUUGCAUCUCAUACCUGGCCAAUAUGUCAUGCUACAUUCUUGGAGCAAAUCUCGACCAUACACCCCAAUUGCUUGGACAUACAAGAGCUUAGUUUUCUUGGUAAAAGUGUAUGAACACGGUGAAUUCAGUUUACUUCUGAAAAAUGCACCGAUUGGCAGUGAAAUUAACAUCAGGGGUCCUUACGGAGAUUUUAAGUAUGAAAGAAACAGUUUUCGGCAGAUCGUCAUGUUUAGCAUCGGCUCAGGAAUAGCAGCGCUUUAUCCUGUGGCUAAAGCGAUCGUCGACGACGAAACGGAAUUCACAAGAGUACAUCUUAUUGCGGGAUUUAGGUCGAUAAAGCAUGUGCCUCUGAAAAAAGAAUUAACGCAUCUAGCGGAUUAUUGGAAUUUCAAAUGUACAUUACAGCUGUCUCAAUUAAAU